AUGGCAGGGGCCCGGCUCGCGGGCGACAUAAGUCGGCCAGUUAUAAAUAAAAGUAUAGCUUUGUUGUCGCGCAGAGGCGGCGCGCUCCACUUGCGGCACUUUCAUAACAGAACGAGGGGGAGAGCACCGGGAGAGCCUGAGCGAGAGGCGUGCGAGGAGGACGGGGCGGAAGAAGGGAGAGGAGAGGAUGCUUUCCACCGUCCAGAAUCGGGAAGAGCGUGUCCUGAAGCCACUCGUAACGGCGCGGUCUCUUCUUCGAUCUUGAGCGCGGAACCCUCUGCCGUUGAUUAUCAAGGCGAUGCGCAGCAAGAUUUCCAAAAGCAACAGGACAUUACUCAAGCCCAUGACGGUGACGGGAGUUCAGUAUUGAGACCUCAAGUCGAAGUAAUUGAAUCGCAGAUUCCUUCGCGGAUGAGCGUGAGCGUUGCAGAGGAAACCAUAUUUACGAAUACAACACGGCUUCCAUUGCGGUCCUUGAGAAACUGGCGGUACGAUGCAGAUGUGACGUGGCGAGCUACUAGGGCAGACGAAUCUAGGUGGACGUGAUUCUUCCGGUGGACUAGGUCGCAUUGGGCAUCCUGAACACGGCUGAUAAGACUGGUCACGUUAAAUAAACAUUCAAUAAAAUACUCUUUUUAACGAUACUCUCAAAUAUGAUCAAAGAUUACAUAGUUGAUUUAUUUUAAUAUCUAAUUUAAUGUCUAACCCGUUCUCUUCACGAGCUUGAAAUUAAUGAAAGACAAACUGUUUUGCAUAACACAACCGUUGUUAAAAAUAGGUUAGAUAAGUACGACUACAAAUUUAAUUGAUUUGAUAAUAAGACAUUUUGACAUAUCCGGUCGAUUAAUUUCAGUAAUAACAGAUAGAUAAUGUCAGCUAAAUAUAAAAUGCACAUUGCAUGCCUCGCAAUCAUUAGCGAAACAAUCAUUUCACUUAAUUACAGACAUUUUAUAAAUAACGUCUCAUUUUGUACGGUAUUGAUUAUU